AUGGUCUCGCCUAUUUCUUCCUGGAACGUUCAUGGCCAGAGUGUCGUGUCUUCAGGUAGCAUUACUUCGGAUGAGGUCGAUGUUGAUGGUCAUGAUGGAUCUGAGCUUGCCUUCGAUGAUGAGACGCAAACUUCCUCUAAUGAGGGCAUAGACCAGCCGCCUCUCAUGUUGUCGAGCGUGAACGGAGAAAAUGUCUUCAUCGGGAAUACGGCUGCCAUCUCAUUCUUGAGGUUUUUACAGAAGACGUUGGAACGCCAUGUCGGUCCUUCUGGCUUCACCGUCGCCGAUGAUAGUCACAAGCUCUUCGAAGCAGACAGUGCAGACGUAGAUCCAAAUUCCGUCUACGACAGUCUGAGCAUUGAUGAGAAGAGCGCCUUCAUACAAGUCUUUCUGGAUGCCGUCAGUGCAUCUUAUGAAGUUUCCGCCAUUCUCAACGAGGCUGUAGCUAAGUCUGCUGAAUUUGGUCUUGACAUGGAGGCUACCGAAGCCUUCGUGUUGGCUCUACGACAAAGUAGUCGCACGUUUCCACCGAUUUUACGGCAUCAUGGUAGCGAUAAAAACAUCAACACGCGACACAUGACGAUCGGAAAUGUCCACGUGGCCGGCUCAUACUAUUUCAGUGUCAUUCUGGUCACUCGACAUUGUUUGAUUCGACACGUGGUACCCUUGCUCUCAGAGCAGGCGCGGAACUCGCCUCGGCAGGCCCAGAGUUCGGAGCCUGUAGUAACUGAGAACACAAAGGUCGCUCAUCUGGCAGACGCUUGCAUUGACGCAGCGUCGCUCAUGGCUCAGAUGUGUCAUCAAGUUAUGAAAUCUGGCAUGUUGAUUGGCAAUAUGUGUAUCCUCAAAGCCUGGAUCUUUGCGACCGGACUUGUUCUCGGCUUUUCGAUACUCGUAGAAGAUGGCCACAGUUUCUCACAGAAGCGCGCCGCGUUCCUCAAGUCACUUCACGUUCUGGGGGAGCUCAAGCGGAUGAGUCCUCAGGCUGAGCAGUACUACAAUAUUCUCAUGAGCUUCCACCAAUCCAUCAAGUCCUACCGGGAACAAUUGAUCCGGGAGAAGCAAGAAUCUCGUCCGACGCUCGUCGACCGCGUCUUCUUCACAGACUCCACAGCCGAAGUGGACGAGGCGGAACAUAUCACCACACAGUUCCCGAGCCCGGAUACGUCGGUACUGGAGCCUUCCCUGACCGAAUGGCCUCUUGAGCUUGAUCAUACGAGUAGCGCUGCGAACGCUAUAGGACCUAUAGAUCCUGCGUUGAUGGGUGACAACGAUGUUAUUAUGCGCAUGCUCUGGGACGUUGAUAAAUAUGCUGGUGCGUAUCUCUAUCCCAUGUUGCCAGAUGUGGAUAUGGGCCUGGAUUGCUCAGCACAGGUUGGAGGCUCCAUAGCAUGA